AUGGUGGUAGGUUUGGCGGAUAUGGAAAUGGUAGUAGGUUUGGUAAGUAUAGAAAUGAUGGUAGGUUUGGCGGAUAUGAAGAUGGUGGUAGAUUUGGUAGAUAUAAAAAUGGUGGUAGGUUCAUCAGCAAUAAGAGAUGUCAAUUUAUUAUUAGAAAACAAAUUGAUAUUUUUGAUACAGGUCUUUUUUAAUGUUGGUAGA